AUGGCUUCUAAAAGUAUGGAGGAGGUCCGCUGCCAUUCGCCUGCACCCUCUACCUUGGGUCCGGGGCAGCAUCUCGGCAAUCCUUCCCCUCUCGCUAUGGGUACAUUCGCAACUACACUCUUGACUCUAUCCUUGUCCAUGAUGGGCUUCCGCGGAGUUGAGACUCAGACUAUGUUCAUUGGCAACCUAUGCUUUGCUGCUGGUCUGUGCAUGUUUGUCUCUGCUCAAUGGGAGAUGGCUCGUGGCAACACAUUUGGCUACUCAGCACUGAGUGCAUAUGCGGUAUUCUAUGGCGGUUAUGGAGUUAUCUUAUGUCCUUCACUUGGGGUUCUCGAAUCAUACGGUGGAGCAACUCCAGAGUAUCACAACGCUCUCGGGUUCUACGUUCUGAUCUGGGCAGUUCUGACUCUAUUCUUCAUGUUGGGAUCAGCACCUAUUAACCUCGUUUCGUUUGGCAUCUUUACCACAAUCUUCUUCUGUUUCACACUCGAUGCAGCUUCGAACUUUGCUCAUGCCGACGGAAAGCUUGAAGUGGCCAAGGCUCUGAUGAAGGCUGCUGGUGUCUUUGGAUUUAUCUCUGGUCUCUUGGGAUACUACAGCUGUGCGGCUUCAAUGUGUGCUGAUGCGCUCCCGUUUGAGCUGCCUUGUGGGGAUACGUCGAGGUUCUUCAAGAAGAACAGGAAGCAGCUAUAG